CUGCAAACAUCUUUGUAGAUAUUGACUAUUCUAUUGGCUUGCUCUGCACGUUGAUCCCAGUCCAACUAGGAAUGGAAGACACUUCUAAAGGAGCAUUUCCCAUUCUUCCAUCAGCCAUCCAAAUUUUCACCAUUCUUGGAGCCCUUUAUCCACAUUUAGACAUCGUCGAUGACCGUGUCAUCAUCCAAACGGGUCGCCCGCAACUCGAGCAAAGCUUGCAUGCCUUGGGCCUCGGCUCUUGCCUACUGCUUUUGGGCUUCUACUGCUGUCAGUUCCUACCUCCGCUGGCCCCCCUACGGAAGGAGUACCUAGGGACCCUAGCGCUCGUACAGAUUGCCCACUUCACGCUGCUGCUCGGCCGAGUAGCCUUCUUCCCCGCCUCCUUCCGCACAGACAGCGUGGGCACCCUUCUAGGCGUUGUCGCUGCCGCCAGCGUCACCGUUCUGAUCUUGAACGACCACCUGGCAGUCCCAGCUCGUCCAUCCGCAGCUCCGCUGGAGCGCCAGCGGGCGAGGCGUGCACACAUAGCUGUUACCUUGGCGACGCAUACGUUAUGGCUGGUGUUCACGCUGCUGUUCGUUUUGCCAUACCUGUCUUCGCUAGUCCCGGUCGAUGUACCCAGAGAGGGGCCGUACGGUUCGGUAGCAGCGGUUCUGGCGCCAAUGACGGCCCUGGCAAGGCUGGGGGUAUUUGUGUCAGGGCGGAUGGCUGCGGGGCGGGUCGCCAAGCAGAAGACCGCGUGAUGGGCCCUCCCCAGCCAUGUAGAAGCUCACGGACGAGCAGCUCGUAUCUGGGUAUUCUGUUGGGCGCGGCCCCAUCGUGUGCUACGUAUUGACGCAACGUAUGAAAUGUCUCUAUACCAGUGUGAAUGCUUUGUGCGCAUGAUGCAAGAGGUGUGCCUUAUGAAUGUGUGGUGUUGACUAGUAAAGUGCUAGCAGCGAGAAGACUAAUUGCCCAAACAGAUAAUUGGAUCGUCGAUUGUACCAACAACGAAUGAACAAAGGAACGGUUUAUAACCAACUCAUUUGAAAAUACCAUAUUUUGG